AUGGAGCCCGGCAAUGUCCGCAGGGUCUCACUCUGCACCCGCCGGGCUGAACCCCUGGGAGCUUCCUUCUACCUCAGCACCUUCGGCCAGCUGAAGCUGUCCAUUGAGCUGCGGGGCCGGAUCCUAGCACUGCAUGUCAUGGAAGCAAAAGGUCUGCUGGGGAAGGAGUGCCGGCCGUGCAACUCCUACGUCAAGAUGUCGAUCGUGCCAGAUGCUGACUGGAAAUGCAGGCAGAAGACGAAGACUGUGCCAGGCAGCAAAAAUCCCGUCUUCCACGAGCACUUUCUUUUCCCAGUGCAAGAGGAGGAUGAGCAGAAACGUCUCCUGGUCACAGUCUGGAACCGAGAGAGAAAUGCCAGACAGAGUGAACUGAUCGGGUGCAUGAGCUUCGGCGUGAAGUCCCUCCUGGCCCUGGACAAGGAGAUCAGCGGCUGGUACUAUCUCCUCGGGGAGGACCUGGGCAGGACCAAGCACCUGAAGGUAGCUGUGCGGCGGCUGAAGCAGAGCAGAGAGCCAGUGCUGGGAAGUCAGGGCGCAACGUGUGAAAGCCAGGACACCGCCAACAUGAAGCAGCUGAAGAUUACGAUCCCUCGAGGAAGCGAUGGGUUUGGCUUCACAAUCUGCUGUGACUCCCCAGUCCGUGUGCAGGCAGUGGACUCUGGUGGCCCAGCCGAAAAGGCCGGUCUGCAGCAGCUCGACACGGUGCUGCAGUUGAACGAGCAGCCCGUGGAGCACUGGAAAUGUGUGGAGCUGGCACAUGAAAUCCGGAACUGCCCCACUGAGAUCAUUCUGCUGGUCUGGAGGCUCGUCCCGCAGGUCAAAUCAGGGCACGAUGGCAUGAUCCGCAGAUCCUCCUGCAAGUCUGCCUACGACCUGCAGUCACCACCCAACAAGCGGGAGAAAAACAGCACCAUGCCCCCGCGGGCCGAGCAGCGCCGGAGCUGCCACGUACUGUACGACGGGAGCGACGGGCUGGUGCUCAACGGCUGGGAGAGGUACACGGAGAUUGGCAAGCCGAGCCCGAACACCAUGCCGCCCCUGUCCCGGGUGCCCUCUGCUGCUGACCAGAACUACAUCAUCUUAGCACCCUUGAACCCAGGGAGCCAGCUGCUGAGGCCUGUCUACCAAGAGAACAAUGCUACUGUGGGAAAUGGAUGUAAAGGGAAGUCACACAUGGGCUCUGGGAGAAAAUCCAGGCUGAUGAAGACUGUGCAGACAAUGAAGAGCUAUGGGAACUACCAGAACUGUACCAUAGUGAGGCCACACAUCCCGCACUCCAGCUACGGCACGUACGUGACGCUGGCUCCCAAAGUGCUGGUAUUCCCCGUCUUCGUGCAGCCCUUAGAUCUUUGCAACCCAGCCCGGACUCUGCUUCUGUCAGAGGAGCUGCUUCUUCAUGAGAGCAGAAGCAGGACUAUACAGGUGACUCUCUUCGUGUACUCGGACCUGCUGCUCUUCACCAAGGAGGACGAGCCCGGGCGCUGCAACGUGCUGAGGAACCCUCUCUACCUGCAGAGCGUGAAGCUUCAGGAGGGUUUGGAAGAUCGGAAAUUCUGCAUCCUUUACCUUGCAGAGAAGUCGGAGUGCUUAUUAAGUUUGGAGGCUUACUCCCAGGAGCAGAAGAAGAGGAUCUGCUGGUGUCUGGCUGAGAACAUCACCAAGCAGCAACAUCCGGCAUCAGCUCCUACAGAGAACAAGAUGCUGGAGACGGACGCUGAGAAGCCGGGGCAGAUGCACUCAGAGGACGGGAAGGCGGCUGCAGGCGAAGCUCCUCCGGCCGCAGAGGCCCCGGCUCCGGCCGAGGCACCGGCAGCUGCCCAGGGGCCUCUCCCGGCAGAGAAGCAGCCGGAGCAGGGAGAGGAGCGGCACGGCGCCCUGCCGGCCUUCGUCAUCCCCGAGGUGCGGCUCGACAGCACCUUCAGCCAGAGCGCGGCGGGCACAGCCGGCGGCACCACGGACGGUGAGGACGAGGAAGACGAGGAGGAGGAUGAGGACGAGGAGGAGGAGGAGGAGGAUGACGACAGCGACGAGAACUACCUGGAGAGGAGCGAGGCGAAGCGCAGCAGCAUGAUCGAGACAUCGGGCUGUCAGCCCGUCUACACGCUGAGCGUGCAGAACUCCCUGCGGCGCCGGACCCACAGCGAGGGCAGCCUGCUGCAGGAGGCCAAGAGCCACUGCUUCACCUCCGACACCACCCUCAACUGCUCGGACAGCCAGGGCACCAAGGGCCACUGGGCCCUGCCCUCCCCCAGGACCCUCAAGAAGGAGCUCACCAAGAACGGCGGCUCCAUCCACCAGCUCACCCUGCUGUUCUCGGGUCACAGGAAGCUGAGCGGAGGUGACCCCGAAUGCAGCUGUGAUGAAGGGGAUGAGACCUCCCGCAAGAAAAGGAGCAGGAGCCUAGCCAAGGACAUGAAGAACCGGCUGGGGAUUUUCCGGCGCAGAAACGAGUCCCCAGGAGCCAACCCCUCCGGCAAGCUGGACAAAGUGCUCAAGUCGCUCAAGCCUGCGCCCGAGGAAGCUCUCAAGUGGGGGGAGUCCCUGGAGAAGCUGCUGCUGCACAAAUAUGGGCUCGCAGCCUUCAGGGCCUUCCUGCGCACCGAGUUCAGCGAGGAGAACCUGGAGUUCUGGCUGGCGUGCGAGGAGUACAAGAAGAUCAAAUCCCAGUCCAAGAUGGUCUCCAAGGCCAAGAAGAUCUUUGCGGAGUACAUCGCCAUCCAGUCCUGCAAGGAGGUGAACCUGGACUCGUACACGCGGGAGCACACCAAGGAGAACCUGCAGAACAUCACCCGCGGCUGCUUCGACCUCGCGCAGAAGAGGAUUUACGGGCUGAUGGAGAAGGACUCGUACCCCCGCUUCCUGCGCUCUGACUUGUACUUAGACAUAAUUAACCAGAAGAAAGCCAGCUCCCCGCUGUAGACCCAAGGACUCUCUCGGGGCAGACUGGGAGCUGUGUGUUUACAUGGAACCGGCAGCGGUGGCCUCGCCGGGGGGACGGCGGGAGCGUGCCUUCCUGCUGCUGGUCGUGCCCCCGAGCCGUACCCCUGUGGCCGACGGGCGUGGGGCAGGGGAAGGCACUGAGCACGAGGCUGAGGGGACCAACAAGCCAAGCAGUCUGGUACUGCUCCGUCACCCACCCCAUCUCACCAUCGCUGGUACGACGCCUUCGGGGUGGCUGCGGCAUGGAUUUUAGCCAGGAGGGAACCUCCCACAAGACUACUGUGAAGCCUGAGCUGUGAGCAUCGCUGGAAGGCGAUGAGUGAUCCCGACUCGGUGAGGAGGAGGAGGGAGGAGGAAGACUUUUGUGCAGGGCUCCGGCAAGGGGAAAACAUCACCGAAGUGAGCACCAUCCCUGGACAAAAGACUUCUGAACUGGAGCGUCCCCACGGUGCUGCUGCGCUUCCCCUGCCAGAGGUGCCUCCUGGCUACCCCGGAGCAGCCAACUCGCAGGGGCCUGGCGCUUCCUUCACUCGUGGCGGGUCCUUGCCCUGCGCCGCAGGGGUGCAGCCGACCCUCCUGCUCCCACCCCUCGUCUCCUGGUUUAUUUAUUGACCUCCUGUAGCUGGACGCAUUGCUGUAUAAUAGGAAAUCCUCGUGUCCUUUCCCGUUCCGAAAUUACAAGUGCAAUAUUUGUGCGUGUCGCGGCGGAGUUCUCCCAUGGAGCGGAAGCCUUCUCUUUUAAUGAGUGCGUGCAACAUUUUCUAAGUUUGCAGGUUUUAUCUGAAAAAAAAAAAAAAGAAAAAAAAAAGAAAAAAAACGUUCCCUAGCAGCGGGCCGCUGGGGGAGCCUGGGUGUACAUAUCCUGCCCUGACGACAGAGGGUUUGCUGAUGGAGAUAAGCAGCUCUGUGAAUCAGAUGCUCUCCCUACUCUGGAUAAAAAUAUUGCGUUUUGAGACGCGGGGGUUUUUGCUGAACCUGGCGGAGCUGGACGGACUGCAUGCGUCUGGGUGCCCAGUUUACAGUGCGAAGCAUCUCUGCAGCUAGCAAAAAUACAUUGUCAUGGUCAUAGGUAAAUAAAAGGAGA